GCCAUCAUUCUGCAUUACAGAAUAGUUUGUUUAUAGUUGAUGAAGCGGAAGAUCUCUUGACACACGCAUGGUCGUCAAGGCAUCGACGACGUCAAUUUUGCGUAUCAAAGAUGUGCAUGAAGAAUCUUCACUUGACUAAUUCUUGACGUAUUUAAAAUUGGAAAGAUUUCCAAAACAAAUAGAGACAGCUGAAAACAAUAUCUGAAAUUCUGGGUGCUUUCCGAGGAACUUCCUGGGAGGCCAGAAAUCAUUUUCAUGAAUUUCCAGAGAAAUUGCUGAAGGAAACGCAAGCUGUCCAUCAAUAGAAUGGACGCCAUGGCCUUAAACACGGUGUUGCCUGAUGGACUCUAUGACCUUGGGUCUCAAGGAUAUCACACCUAUCCCCCGGGAUCAACUCUGUGGUCCCCAAGAGUGGAUUCCUACCCUCAACAAGACUUGCCUCACCACCCUCGACAUUCUGAGACCAGGGAUAUACCCGGAGAACGAGCUCCAGAAGUUCCUGACCACGCAACAGAAUGGCCUGAGGAAGAAGAUGACCUGGGUGAACGUCCGCCUGACCGCCACGCUGACCAGUCCCAGAAACAAUCCCAGGUUGUCGGAGAACUACGAGCGGGCCGAGGGUGUGUGUCUACCCCGAUGUGUUUUGUAUACUCAUUACCUGGACUUCUGCAAGAAGAUGAAGUUUACCCCCGCGGGUGCUGCAACGUUCGGGAAGAUUAUACGUCAAAAGUUUCCGAAACUAACAACUCGGAGACUUGGAACCCGUGGGCAAUCAAAAUAUCAUUAUUACGGCAUCGGAAUCAAGGAGACGUCAAUAUAUUACCAUUCUGUGUAUUCUGGGAAAGGACUUACAAGAUUCUCGGGGAUCAAGAUUAAGACAGAGGGGUCAAACCGGAAAUACUCUCUCAGUUCCAAGACAGGAACAUUACUCCCUGACUUCCCGGAUGCCAAUAACCUUAUACUCCCUGAUGACAUCGACAGAGAAAAGAUGGAGACGUUCAUCAUGAUGUAUCGGACUCACUGCCAACGUAUCCUGGACACAGUAAUUAGUGCUAACUUUGAUGAGGUUCAGAAUUUUCUGCUGCAUUUUUGGCAAGGAAUGCCCGAGCACCUGGUCGAGGUUCUAAAAGCGGAAGUACUUGCUGACGUCAUAGCGUUGUGUGACUCCAUCCUGUAUAAGGUGCUUGUCGACGUGCUCAUCCCAUCCUCCAUACAAGAUCUACCUGACAGUCUAGGAUCAGAAAUCAAGGUGUUCGUUAAACGUCUCCCUGUUUGGUUGGAGUCUUCGCUGGAGAAUGCCCCCAAGGACAUUCAAGACAGAAAACAAGAAGUGGCACGUGGCUUUGUGUUGAGCGUCCGGAGACAGGUCUCGUUUGUUCACCUUGCGCAGACAGCCAGGUCGGUGCUGGUGAACCACGACUGUGUCUGUGUGAUGCAGGAAGACCUCACAGACAUUGACAUUGAUGAACUAUGCUGUCAAGUUGGCUACCACGACCCCGAGAAUGCGCAUGCGUACAGGGACGCUAUCUUAGAAUAUUUUGACGAGUUUCAAAACCUCCUUGGGAAGCAGGCACCAAUAGAGGCGUACACAGAGUGGAUGGACAAUAUCAUUGACAAAUGUGUUCUUCAGCCGUGUCGAGAGAAGAAAUGUGCCUUGGAAUUGGUCAGCUCCGAAUUCCUGCUGCACUGGGCGCUGAUUGGAUCCCUUGUGAUGAGAGAUCUCACCCUUAAUAGUGCUUCCAGCUUUGGAUCGUUCCACCUCAUCCACAUGAUGCUGGACGAGUAUGUUUUCCUCGUGAUGGAGACACAGAACGAGAUGACACGUGAUGCGCAGUUACAAAAAAAUGUGCAGAAACAUAUGAAGAAUGCUGAAGAGAUAAAGAUGCACGCCAAAGUGAGGACAUCGGCAAACAAAUCCCAGAAUUCUCCAAAGAGCCGGAAACGGAAACACACUGAGGAUCACUAUGACAGCAACAGCGAUGAACAUGAAACUAACCCAAUCACAGACGAGAACCGCCCAUCACAUCACCACAUCGGUAGUUACGAGCCGCUAAACGGUACAGCAUUCUCCAGGCCUACCCCUUCAGCUGUUUCAAGGGAUUCGUCCUUCACCUUGCAUGAAGAUGCCACACGUGGGAAUUUCAAUCACGCAUCAUUGCCUCUCUCUCCUAUUAAGCAUUAUUCUUCAUUUAAUGGAAGUACGUACGACCGCCCGUCAUACUUGCCUCAGUUUGGUCUCAACUCUUACAGCGAUUACGUCACACAUAACAAUGCAUUUACGUCAUCACGGGUCCAGACGUAUCCAGACUCUCAUGCGCAUGCUCAGACAUUUCCCUCUGUGCCAAUGACAUCAGGUUUGGCUCACAGCCCGGGUUCCUAUUGGUCAGAAGGUCGAACACAUCCGGCCUUCACCACUGACCCCUACAGUCAGUACAACUACAAUAACAUAGCUCCACCAUACGACAGCUACAAAAAAGGUUCGUUUAUACGAGGUAGCGUUUACCAGGAGUCAUUGAACAGGUCGGCCUUUGACUCGGCGAGAGGGUACUACUCAAGACCACAAGAUAACUUUCAAGUAGCCUCUUCACUACCCGUGGGGUCUUAUGGCGGCAACUUCAUGGAGAUCGCCCCUACAGGGGGCCAGUACGGCAGGCAGGAAAACGUGGUCUACCAGGACGACAUGUACUCCACCGGCACGGGCUUCACCAGCUUCGGCAAAACCUACCUCACAGCGGCGCCAUUCAGAUAGUGCGUGGACAGACACGGUGGUGUGUCUGGACCGCGGGUGUUGACAGUUCAGAUAGUGCGCGGAUAGUUAAGAUGGUGUGUCUGGACCGCGGGUGUUGACAGUUCAGAUAGUGCACGGAUAGUUAGGAUGGCGUGUACUUACACCUCACAUGUUCACAUGUGUGGAUAGGCGAUGCGUCGUGUCAAGACGACGGGUGCUGACAGUUUGGAAUAGUGUGUGGACAGUUUACAUGGCGUGUAUACACGGCGUGUUGACAAAUGAGAACUGAGAAUAUUGUGUCGACAGACGCAGGGGCAUGUCCAGACCGCAGCAGCUGAGUUUGGGUGUCUAGGUGGCAGGUGUUGACAGACAAAAAUGGUGCAUGGACAAUUAAAAUGGGUUCCCUUCACAGAAGAUGUUGACAAAUGAGACUGGAGAAUACUGUGUGGACAGACGCAGGGGCGUCUCUAGUUCUCUGCAGUUGAGUUUGGUUGUCUUGACCGCAGGUGUUGACAGUUGAAAAUGGUGCGUGGACAAUCAUCUACACUGCACAUGUUGACACUUCAGAAUAGUGCGUGGACAGGCGGAGUAGUGUGUCUCAACCCCAGAUGUUGACAGUAGAGAAACGUUCGUGUGUGACUCGAGUCCUCACGAUGCCAUGUGGUGUGAUGUUGACACUUGAGAAUAGUUUAUGGACAGACGGAGUAGUGUGUCUCAACCCCAAAUGUUGACAGUUGAAAAACGCUCGUGUAAGUAGAUGAGACUCGAGUCUCCACGGUGUGGUGUGGUGUGAUGUUGACAGUUGAGAAUAGUUUAUGGACACACGGAGUGGUGUGUCAAGAAGUCAAAUGUUGACACAACUCUUGACUCUACGUAUUGACAUGAGUCUAGCCUACAGGUGUGAAACCGUGCAGGACUCAUGUCUUGACAACAUGUGUGGAACCGUGCAUGACACGUCUUGACAACAGGUGUGAAACCGUGCAGGACCCAUGUCUUGAAAACAGGUGUGGAACCAUGCAGGACCCAUGUCUUGAUAACAGGUGUGAAACCGUGCAGGACCCAUGUCUUGACAACAUGUGUGGAACCGUGCAGGGCUCAUGUCUUGACAACAGGUGUGAAACCGUGCAGGACCCAUGUCUUGACAACAGGUGUGGAACCGUGCAGGACUCAUGUCUUGACAACAACCGUAUUGACAUUUGUGAAGGCGCAAGUCAGGGUAGUGUUGGUCUGCUAUUCCUAGACCGUACACAUGUUGGUGCCACCUAGACAGGUGUAAAAUUUUGUGACAUUGUACGUCCGUUCUGGCAGUGAGGAUUCUCACAGUGUUGUUAUUACGACAACAUGAUCAGACGCUCUCUAACCCUCUUUCAUCACUGAUGCUCAUGCUGUUGAUCACUGGAUUCUCUGGUCCAGACUCGAUUAUUUACAGACCGCCGACAUACAGCUGGAAUAUUGCUGAGUGCGGCGUUAAACAACAAACAGUCAAUCUUACAUCACUGGUACCCCAACGCACACUGGUACCCCACCGCACACUGGUAUUCCCGCUCGGCUGAAUGGUAACAAUACAGUCACGGAGAGAGUUGAGUAACUUGAGUUCCCACCUAGGCUCGAUCGUAGGCUAAUUGUAGCGCAAACAGGGU